UACCGGGACUAGUUUGCAACAGGACGAAGAGACAUCAACUGUUCACCAUGGCUGCUCGGAAUCUGCUGGUCGGCUUGGCUGUUGUUGCCGUUUUGAUGAACCAAUCCUUGUCUUUGGAAUUACUUGACGAAAGUGCGAUUCAACGUUUAUUUGAAGUUGACAGCAUUGAGAAAGCCCCGGAACAUGAGCUUGUCUACCCCCGAGUGGUGACGGAAAAGGGCGCUUUUGCCGUCACUGGCGACGCGCUCAGCUCGGAUACCUUGCGGCUGACAUUCCAAGCCUUCGGUGAGGAUUUCGACCUGUGGCUCAAGCGGGACGACUUCGGCAUCGCACCGGACUUCGAAAUGAGGGUGAUAUCUAAGGAGGGUACCCGACAACAACCGAUCCGAACCGACUGUUUGUACUCGGGCAAAUGGAACAUGGAUCCUACAUCCCUGGUCACCGCAGAAACCAGCGAUGGUUUGCAUGUCAUGAUUCACGGGAAGGGCGGACCUAUCUACGUCACGCCCUUGAAGGAUCAACCACCAAGCAACAGGGGGCUCGGCCUAGCCCACGUUGCCUACAAAGGCAGCAAUGAAAUCCAUUGUGCUACUGACAAUACCAUGGGUCCUGCCAGAUUUACCAGCUUAAACUCUGCAUCCAAGCCUGCUCGACAUGCUUCGCAAAAAGUACUGGAACUAGCGAUGUAUUCUGAUUACGAGUUGUACUCGAAACAUGGGGCUGAUACCGGCAUGAAAAUACUCAGGCUCUACGCAGCGGUUGCUGGGCUCCUCGAACUGCCAUCCCUCUCCAGUGGUAAUCUCAUGGUGAAACUUACCAGCGGUGGAGUGAUCAUGAUUCUAAUGAGUUGCAGACUUCAACCGAUCUUAACGAUUCAUUGGAUAAGUGUGCAGUCCAUGCAAAAGCCAACAGGAAAGCUCCCGGUGUGCAGUUCCACUUUGACAACGCUGCUUACAUAUCAGGGUUCGACUUAUCCGGAAUGUACACGGGCUUAGGAUACGUUGGUGUAUGUGGAAAUGACUACAGCGUAUCGAUAUCCGAGUAUUUCGGGCCGGAGGGCAAUGCCGCUGUAGUAGCCCAUGAGAUAGGACACAAUUUGGGAUGUCCGCACGACGCUGACCCAUGUAGUUAUACGGAUUACAUCAUGGCAUCGGUUAUGGAUCCGAGUGCCUCAGAAUGGUCGACUUGUAGCAAGAGUUACUACAAUACCUUCGUGGGGUCCGCAAAGGAUGAUAACGGUGUAGCCUGCUAUGACGACGGUGGCUGGUAAACUGGAGAGGCGUGACGUCAUACCAAGCGUUCUUCCGAUGCGACCGCUGUUGCGUCACAGUGCAAAAUCUUUAAAAUUCGUUUACUUUAAGAGUUGUUAGAUUAUGACAAAAGUGCAUGUGCAUUAUUACUUUUUGUCUGACAGUUUAAUGGUGGCAGGUAAUUUAAUUUAAUACGCACUCUUCAAUUAUCUACAGGCAUAUUAACAUUAGGUAUUAUAAGCGUAUAAGGGUAUCGAUAAGGGCUUGACUUGUUAACUGUUUUGGUAAUAAUUCCGCUAAUUAAUAAUUACGAAUUAUACGAUUUACACCUUUAUGUAAUGAUGUUAUCAUCUUCCGCAACCCAGAACCAGUGGCGUCACUAUACGAGGGAGGUGGGAAUGGUGGGGGUGCCACGGGGAGCGCUCGAUCCCCCCCUCCUCCUCCCCCCCGGUUGCCCGUGCCCCAUUAAAAUCUUAAAUUAAACCACAACAGUAAGUCAUUUGUUUCAGCCCCCCCCCCCGUUUGAAAAAUCAUUUUUAUGCAUUCUCGGGUUCCCCUCUCUCCCAAGUUUAACUCUAGUGACGCCACUACCUGGGAUUUUGGAUUUGGUUUUUACUUUUGAUUUUCUUUUCAUCGAGGGUUUGGAUUUUAAUGUGUUGAGUUGUGCUCAAGGGGUUUGGUAUCAAUUUGUGUCAGUACUAUUUUGUUGGAAAUGUAGCUAGUGAGUUUGGUUCCAUUUAGAGGGACACUAAGAGUGCAUUGCAUUUUAAAAGGAACGCCUUGCGGUAAGAAUACAAUUUGCCAAAAAUACAGAUUCACACAAAGUUCAUGUCAUUUGAUAGCUGUUCGUUUUGACCAUGCCACAGGCUGGAGACGGAACUUGAUAUCCCCCUAUGCCAGAUUUUGAUGUAACUUAUUGAUGGUGGAAUCAUCUUUCUACCCCCGCAGCUUUGUUUAGGCAGAAGUGGAAUACUUUAACUAACUACUAUCCUUCUGAGCAAGAGAACAAAAUAAAUCAACACCGACGUUUCACAUCGCAAUUUACUUGUCAACUUGGUGUGCGCUUUAAUUCAGUUUCAAACUAGUCUCGAUAUCUGGUUGGAAUAGGCACUUGCAGAAUUAAAAAAACAAGGCAUAUUUUCCAAUAUAAAACAAAAAUGCACAGAGGCGUUACCAGCUUGGGUGGGGCGUGGGGCGGUACAGUAAGUUUUUUGUUAAAAGAAGAGUGCCCUUUUUCACAAGUGCCCUUUUUUUCACGUGUUUUAUUUUUUAAAGAGUGCCCUUUUUUAUGUCAUGCGAACUUUGAAAAUUGACCUUUUUACUGAUACAAUUAUAGUUAUGCACGCACGCGCAUAAAUGGGCCUGGUGGCAAAAAG